AGGUAAAGGGAGAGAGGGAGGUGGUGGUGGAGGAGGAGGAGGGGGAGAAGGGUGAGAGAGGAGGUGACUCUCCGGCAGCAUUUAGACACAACGAAAGGAUCAUGGCGGAUGGCCCCAGGUGUAAGCGCAGAAAGCAGGCGAACCCGAGGAGGACCAACGUGACCAACUACAACAAUGUGCCGGAGGCGGGCUCAGACUCAGACGAUGAGGACAAGCUGCACAUCGUGGAGGAGGAAGGCAGCCUGGCAGACGGGGCAGACUGUGACAGCACCCUGCCGGACGAUGAGCACCCGAGCGUGCCCAGCUGGGACCCAGUGAAGGAGGACUGUGCUUCAGAUGGCGAUGAUGACGUGAGUACGGAUGCCCUGGUAGAGGAGAUGCUCCAACAAGGAGACACGGCCAUCAUCUACCCAGAGGCCCCAGAUGAUGACCUUCAGCGUCAGGGCACCCCUGAUGCCAGCGUCCAUGAUGAGAACGGAACCCCUGAUUCGUUCUCCCAGCUGCUCACAUGCCCGUACUGUGCACGGGGCUACAAGCGUUACAGCUCCCUGAAGGAGCACAUCAAGUACCGGCACGAGAAGACAGAAGAGAGCUUCAGCUGCCCAGAGUGCAGCUACAGUUUCGCAUACCGUGCUCAAUUAGAGCGGCAUAUGAGCGUUCAUAAGGGAGGACGGGAUCAGAGGCACAUCACGCAGUCCGGAGGCAACCGGAAAUUCAAGUGCCCUGAAUGCGGCAAAGCAUUCAAGUACAAGCACCAUCUGAAAGAGCACCUCCGCAUUCACAGUGGAGAGAAACCUUAUGAGUGCUCCCACUGCAAGAAGCGCUUCUCCCACUCAGGCUCGUAUAGUUCCCAUAUCAGCAGUAAGAAGUGCAUCAGCGUCAUCUCAGUGAACAACAGACAGCGCUUGGGGAGCACCAGAAACCAGGCCCAGGGUUCAUCACCAGGGCUGCCCACGUCCCCUUCACUCCACUGCGGGCAGACUAGGGAGAAACUGGAGCACAGCAAGCCUCUCCAAGAGCAGCUGCCCCUCAACCAGAUCAAGACGGAGCCUGUGGACUACGAGUACAAGCCGGCGGUAAUAACACCUCCCGCCAUGACCGCUAUUAAUGGCGGGGUGUUCAAUGGAGGUGCUGCUGCCCCUCUGCAGGGUACUGUACAGGCGGUUGUCCUGCCAACAGUGGGGCUGGUGUCCCCCAUUAGCAUCAACCUGGCAGACCUGCAGAACGCCCUGAAGGUGGCCGUGGACGGUAACGUUAUACGGCAGGUUCUGGAAAACAAUGCCAAAGGCCAGGUAAACUCAGGCCUCAUCACUGGAAUGCUGCACCCCCCACAGCAGCAGCUCAUCUCAGCCAUCAGUCUACCAAUUGUGGGGCAGGAUGGGAAUGCAAAACUUAUUAUAAACUACAGUUUGGACCCCAACCAGGGCCAGCUCACACCCCAUAACCUGAAGAAAGAGCCAGUGUCUCCGGCUCAGAGUGCUGCUGACUCUAUUAAGUCCCAGAAACUCCCUGAGGAUCUUUCAGUCAGAGGCAGCAGGGACCAUGAGACAAAGCAAAAAGAGGAAAAGACCACUAAAACCUGUCUCCUGUGUGAGAACUGUCCAGGUGGGCUGGAAGCAUUCCAUGCCCUCAAGCACUGCAAGAAAGAAGGUCUAAGAAUGAAUGGAGCAGGAAUAGAUAAAUCUGAGGCUGUUGCCACCUUGCUGUCAGAUGGAGGACUCUGCAACCACCCCAAGAACCUCAUGUCCCUUCUCAAGGCCUAUUUCGCCUUAAAUGCAGAGCCCUCCAAGGACGAGCUGGCUAAGAUCUCUGACUCAGUCAGUCUGCCGGUCCAUGUGGUAAAGAAGUGGUUUGACAAAAUGCAGCAGGGUCAGAUAUCCCUGGGUGCCCCAACACCUCCAUCAGAAGAGGAGGACUCGUGUGAAGCUCACAGUGUGGUAUCACUGGUCCCAGGGAAGGACGCAGUCACUAUAAGCAGUUCUGUGAACCAGGACAGCCCCACAGAGGCUACGCCAGCAGAGGUCAAUGGCACUCACAGCUCACCGGCCUCGCCCUUGCCACUAAACCUUACAGCCGGUGGAUCCACCCAAGCUGAUACCGCUGGGAGCACAGAGGGACCCCUGGACCUGUCGCUGCCAAAGCCAGCCAGAGAUGAAGCAGAGAGCACGGUGCCUGCAACCCAAGUUUACCUCUCUGCUUCCUCCUGCUCGACCAACAAGGAAGAACCUCUGAACUUAACCUGCACAAAGAAGGACACAUCGCCACUCUCAGGCAUGGGGGGCAGCCCCCUUGCACUGUAUGUCAACCAGCCAAGUGCCAAACCCCUUGAUAUCGUAACCACAAUGCAAUGCCUACAAGCACUAACCAACAACAGCAGCAAACAGACUAUCCUGAUCCCUCAGCUGGCCUACACAUACACCACUACAGCUAACAGCCCUGCAGGGACGGAGACGCACGAAACCAUCCACCUCAAUGGAAUCAAGGAGGAAAGGGUGGAUCUGGGCUCGGAGGGCUUCUCAGCCUUGGAUGAGCAGAACGACUCUGACUCUGGCCCAGCAAGGAAGAAGAUGAAGAAGACGGACAGCGGCAUGUAUGCCUGCGACCUGUGUGACAAGAUCUUCCAGAAGAGCAGCUCGCUGCUGAGACACAAAUAUGAACACACAGGGAAGCGACCUCACGAGUGCGGCAUCUGCAGCAAGGCCUUCAAACACAAACACCACUUGAUUGAACACAUGCGACUCCACUCGGGGGAGAAGCCGUACCAGUGUGACAAAUGCGGCAAGCGCUUCUCCCACUCUGGCUCCUACUCCCAACACAUGAACCACCGCUACUCGUACUGCAAGAAGGAGACACAGAGCCAAGCAGGAGGUCAGGAGAGCCCCGAGGAGGAUGGCGAGGUCCCGACAGAGAUGCAGAGGCAGGACACGGCCCCUUCCCUAGUGGAUUCAGAUGAGCGAGGGAGCAGCACCAGAGAAGAUGAGGAGAGUGAAGAAGAGGAGGAGGAGGGUGUGGUGGACAUAAAUGAUAUCCAGGUUGUGCAGAUAGAGGAUGAGGAGGAGGAGAAGAAAGAGGAGAGGAAUGAGGAGGAGAUAGAGAAAGACAGAGAAGAAGGAACAUUAGAAACAGAGGAGAAAGAGGAAGCUGAUACAAAGCAGGAGGAGGCACUGGAAGAGGAGGAAGUGAACAUCAAUAAAGAGGACGCGAUGAAUAUAGAGGGAGGUGCAACCAAGGAGGUUGUUGAGGAGGUUCAAGAGAAAAUUAGAAGUGAAACAAACAGGAGCGCAUUUUCUCAGGAUGAGAAGGAGACGCCAGAGGAGAAAGCAGACACAGACUGAAGUAGGAAGGAGGCUCCUCUGUGAGACAUAAUCAGACUCCUCCUCGCCCCACCCAGAGAAACAAUGUCUGCUCACUCUGACAGUUCACUACUGUGUAGAAAUCCAGGUGUGCCUGAAAAAAUACAAGUUACUUUUCCACAGAAGAGCCUUUCUCACUGUUUGAAGAAGCAUUUUUAAAACAAAAAGAAGAGGAAGAGAAAUUUUAAGGAAUGAAGGACAUGCAUUAUACAGACUUUGGAAGCUAGAGCCGACACGUUUUAGAUAAUGUUUUAUUACUAAAACACCUUGGGUCCUUUCUUUUUAUCAGUGUUACUAAUUUUAUCACUCAUAUUUUAACCUUUAAAAGCUGUACAGUUGGGAGAUAUUUCUAUAUCUUUUUAUUGCCAAUGAACAAAAAAGUCAGUAUUUUGUUAAGUUGGAAGGAAAAAAAGACAAAUCCUGUGCACUACAAGUGGCUUGGUUUACCUGAGGUUUGUUUUACCUGUCAGUAUUAUCGCGCUAUGCCAUCACGCUCACACAUGUUUAGCAUUACAGUUCUUAUUUCUGUUGUUUGGAUUGGACUGUGGGCCUUAAGAAGAAAAAUGAGCAAACACGUUUUAUAACCAGGCAGUGUUGAUGUUUUCAGAGAUGUGUGUUUCUUUAGUAAGACUUGGCUGAAUCAUGAUCUAUUCCAUAUCUGUCUGAUAAAUGUGAGCAAAACUAACAGGGUACCUGCAUUUUUCAUGGCAAAAUUCCAAACUUUUCCCAAAAAACUAUCCCCAGUCCUCUUUUGGCAUAUUUGUAUAAAUAUAAAAAUAUGAUAAGUACUUCAAUAUGAAACCUGCAGAAGUAGACUGCAAUGAGGACGGACGGAUAUGGAAAAUACUUCAGUCAACUUCCAGACGUUUCCAGAUGAAGGAACCCUGAACUAAAUCCACCAACCAGCAUCACUAAAAACCACUAAUAAACUUUUGGUUAAUUUGGACACUAAAACAGUUUGGCACAUAACCUAAAAACUGCAAAGCUCUUUUUUUUUUUUUUUUUUAACAUGUGUGUGCACAUUACAUAAGCAAGUUGCAGAUGCUAGGAGAUGCUAACAGGGGAGCCACAUUUAGGCUAGGUCCGGCACCGUGUUUCAAACAGCUAACUGGUAGUUCACAACAAGAAAAGCCAAAAUGUCUGCCUUGUUACCCACCACCUCUGAUCCCAUCCACAAACUUAGAGCCUUAUGCAAAAAUAAUUGUGAAAAAAUAAUAAGGAAACAUGCAUAUCAGAAGUGCCAUUGAAUAUAGCUGUUGAAGCUUACAGCUGAGAUCAACCAACGUCGGGUUCCGAUCAAACAAUAAACCGGAAUACUGUUGCAGAAAGAGUAGAGUUUAGCCUGCAAAUUCAUGCAUUAGACUUUAGAUUUACAUUUAUUUUUGUUUCGUAAUCUGAGCAACUAAGAAUCACCAAGCAUGUUGUUCUAAUGAAGAGGAUUGGUGGUUUAUGGUUACCUGCAUCCUGCCUUCCCUAAGCUUGUUCAGCGCACUUGUUUAACACAUCAUGAAGUCCUCAGAUGUCUCUUCAGGUAACAAAAUGAAGUUUAAUUUAACCCUGUUUGUACCUGUCAGUAUUAUUUCUGUCCCUGAUGUUGGUUUAUGUUCUGUUUCAGUGUGCGUACUGUACAUGUUUUACAGUGGCAGUAUUAUCCCAAACCCCCGACAAGAUGGGUAUGUCUGUUUAGUUAUAGAGAACUUUUAUAUUUAUGUCGGGUUUUUUUUUUGUUUGUUUGUUUUUUUACAUUUCUUUACGCUUAUUUAUUACACAAUGUAGUGUACAAUACUGUAGUUUGUAUUAAUGCGAUAAUAUAUUUUAGUAUGGGAAAAAGAAGAAAAGGCGAUUAACUGCAACUCUGGAAAACAAGACUCCGGCAUACUGAAGUAUGUUUUUUGAACAAAUGAUGUUUUUUCUCCUGGGGAUAAAAAGCUCUCACCAUGUAAGCCAGAACAUUUGGAACCUGUGACCUCUCUGCAUCUACUCUCAUGUUAGUUUUCUUCCCCCUCUCCUUAUAUGAAGCUACUGAACUUUGAAAACUAAUUGUAUGUCUAAUAGCAUGAGUGUGCGCUGUCGUAUUGAUUGAUGACCCUUAACCACAUAGACUGUUGUUUUUGCCAAACCAAAAUAAUAUUGCCGUAUGUUCUUAUGUUCUUAUUUGUGCCAAUUUGUUACUUUACAUCAGUGUCACAUUCAUACCCAGUUUUAUAUGCCUCUCCCCCUUUUAACACGCUCAUGUUUUUUAUAAUGGAUGUUUUAGUUUCUCUUUUUUUUUUAUGAUUCCCCAUCUCACAAUAAAAUGCAUCAAUUACA